GUACUGCGCGACUUCCUGGCUGGAUGUCCAACCCCCGUCGCUGCAGAGGGGGUGCUCACGGCUUCGUACUGGACUCCGCUGGACGCGCCGCCGCAGAAUAUGGUCGAUGCACUGAUCGCAGAUCUCUUCUGCCAUCCCAGCAUCUCAGCCGUGGUUGGCCCAGCUAUUGGCGCCGAAUGGUGGUGGCAGGAUGUCGACGAAACUGACCCUCCGAAGGUGUACCACAAGGACUGCAACAUUUUCCUGGAGCAUGACGAAGCAACGAAACUCUUUCCAGAUUGGAGUUCGGUGCUUUACCUGACGGACAUCGGUGGUGCAACAGCGAUGUUCGAAAAUGACGAGGUGCAUGGAAG